GCCAGGGGACGCGUCACAGUUCUCUGUGUGCUGGUGUGUCUAGCAGGCUUGGCCUCUCUCACAGAGGCAAAUGGCAGAGAUCACGGGGUGGUCGAAAAGGAUAAAAUGGUAGCAGACGAUGAUAUGGCUGUCAGGACCGCCCGCUCACGAUGCGUGAGCUGUAUCGUAAACGGCCAGUUGUACAAGGGCCAUUCUCGCUUCAAGUAUGAAGAAGGCUGCAACAGGUUCCGUUGUGUUUGCAAAUGUGAUGGCUCCUACGAGUGCCCUUCGGUCUACACCGAAAAUAUCUGUGACGGACAGGGACAGAGACGUGAAGGUGCGGGUUCCUCUACUACAUCCGAAGGUGGCUCUUCGUCAGCCGUCUCGGCUUCGCAAUCCUCCUCUUCGUCAUCCUCAUCAUCAUCUUCUUCUUCCACAUCUUCGUCUUCACCAUCUUCCUCAGAAGGGUCCAAGACAUCCCAGGGGUCACGAGGUCGGGGAAGGCAGUGCUCGCCGUGUGUGGUGGAGGGAAAGUCUCACCCAGGACACUCCUACUUCGCCCACCAGCUGGGCUGUCUCUCUUACGACGCCUGUAUCUGCUAUUGUAACGGUACCUGGAUAUGUCCGGCUGAGAGAGCGCAGAACUUGUGUAAGGAUGGAGAGGGCUCGUCUGUCUCUGGAUCAAGCUCUGGCUCUAGCUCUAGUUCUAGCUCUAGCUCCAGCUCUAGCUCUACCACUGGCACUGGCUCUGGCUCUAGCACGACGUUUGAAACCAGCAGCAGCCAAAACCGCACAUCUACCACACAUCGUGAGGAAAGGAGAGAGGAAACUGCGAGGACGAGCAACAACAACAGAAGGGGGAACAAUCAGUCUGGUGGUCGAAGAGUCCAAGGUAACCGAGGGUCUGGUUCAUCUAGCUCCGAGAGGAGGACGGCAGAGGAGAGGAGGACGGCAGAGGAGAGAAGGACGGCAGAGGAGAGGAGAACAGCAGAGGAGAGGAGGACGGCAGAGGAGAGGAGGGCGGCAGAGGAGAGGAGGGCGGCAGAGGAGAGGAGGGCGGCAGAGGAGAGGAGGGCGGCGGCAGAGGAGAGGAGGAGACGCAGGUACCGAGGUGGAUGUCAAAAUUGUACUGCAAAAGGCAAAACUGUUAAAGGCAAUUCCUACUUUGAGCUAGAGGACGGCUGCACCAAGUUCAAGUACUGCGCGUGUCGGUGUGAUGGCUCCUGGAACUGCCCUGAACGAUUUGCAGAAAAGAUUUGUGAUGAUGAUGACCAGGGAAAGAGAGGGGUUGAAGAAACGUCCGUGUCUUCGUCAUCCGGCUCAUCUGUGACCACAGGAUCUGGACAGGGUACAGAGAAAUGUCAGCAGUGUCAGAUCAGGGAUAAAACCUUUGAGCCCAACAAAAGGUUUGAGGUACAGGACGGAUGUAUCCUCUACGGAAACUGCCAGUGUUUCUGUAACGGAUCUUGGUCUUGUCCUGAGAGCGGGGCGAAAGAGGUGUGUGAAGGCGGGGAGGGUUAUGAUGUAGGAUCUCGCUGCCAGUCCUGUCAAGUCAAAGGGAAAACGUUCCCCGGAAAUAAAUACUUCCAGCUGAAAGACGGCUGCAUAGAAUACGAAGCUUGUAUUUGUCGCUGUGACGGCUCGUGGGAAUGUCCGGCCAGCCGCGCUAAAGACACCUGUGCCCCGGGGCAAGGACAGAGCAACAGAGGGGAACAAAGCGGAGGCACUUCUGAAGGCUCUGACCAAUGCAGGUCUUGUGACGUAUACGGUAAAACUUACCCACCCAAUAGACCGUUUGGAGUGCGUUACGGUUGUAUAGAGUACAGAGACUGCCACUGUCAUUGCAAUGGUUCCUGGGUUUGUCCUUCUAAUGCUACUCGAAACGCUUGCGAGACGGGGAGCACUGGCAACGACGACAAAACUGCUCCUGUAAAGCCACAAGAGAGCGGCUGUACUUCCUGUUUCGUUUACGGCCAAUACUUCAAGGGUAACGAUUAUUUUGAUGUCCUGGACGGCUGUACCAGUUACCGUAACUGCGUGUGUCGGUGUGACGGAUCCUGGAACUGUGACAGUCGCUACGCCAGCAAUGUCUGUGAGAACGGGACAAGUACGACUGACUCGAGACGUUCUGGCUCGGGAAGUUCCAGCUCUGGAAGUUCUGCCUCUUCCUCCUCAAGGCGUACCGAGACAUCACGGCGCACGGAUUCUUCCAGCUCUACGCGCAGUGAGACCUCCUCCAGAACUGAUUCUUCGCGAACCGACUCUUCACGAACCGACUCUUCACGAACUGACUCUUCCAGAACCGGCUCUUCCAGAACCGACUCUUCCAGAACCGGCUCUUCCGGAACCGACUCUUCCAGAAUCGAUACAUCCAGGGGAACAGGCACAUCAAGAGGAACAUCGUCAGACAGGAGGACAGGCACAACAUCCACUGGGUCAGAAGUUUCCAGGCGUGACGACCGCUGUAGUUUUUGCGAUGCCAAAGGUAAAAUCGUGACUGGAAACUCUUACUUUGAACUGACAGACGGUUGUGUGGAGUACAAGAACUGUCUUUGUCAAUGCGAUGGCUCUUGGGAGUGUCCAUCUCAGUUUGCCAGGAACAUCUGCGUAGGAAAUAACAGAACUGCUCCAUCCCGUCGCUCCGAGUCUGAAUGUUCUACCUGUAAUGCCAAAGGCAAAGUUGUCAACGGAAACUCCUACUUCGACCUUGUAGACGGUUGCAUCCAAUACACGGACUGUCUGUGUAACUGUGACGGCGGCUGGGAAUGUUUCCCCAACAAGGCUAAAGAUAUCUGUUUAGGAUCUUCCUCCAAUGAAGGCGCCUGCUCCAUGUGUAAAGCCAACGACGGCCGGGUGCAUUCUCCCAAUAGCCAGUUCAAAUUGGUGGACAAAUGUAUCGAGUACAACUGUAACUGUUAUUGUAACGGAAGCUGGAACUGCCCGGGAAAAGAUAGUCGCUGGGUAUGCACGGAUCAGUGUCUGGAGUGCGAGGUGGAAGGCCGGAUAGUCCCCAACAACACGGUCUUUACCCACAAGACUGGAUGUCUGGAGUACACCUGUAACUGUCACUGUAACGGAAGCUGGUCCUGCCCAGGAAGUACCGUGAGGAACACGUGUCAAGUGGGGAUCAGAGACAACUGUAACAAGUGUGUCGUGUCAGACACAGAGCAGUACCCAGGGGAGUCGGACUUUGUGCUGGAGCAGGGCUGUGUGCACUAUGCGUGUCGCUGCAACUGUGACGGGAGCUACAACUGUCCAGGCAAAGAAGCAAGGAACGUCUGCUAUGGAGAAAAGCUCGGAGGUUGUAGGAGUUGUGUGAUCUCAGAGGGUGUCAUCCACCCGGGGGAGUCAGACUUCUCCCACAGGAAAGGCUGUCUAAACUACCAGUGCCGGUGUAAUUGUGACGGAACUUGGGAGUGUCCGGCCGAACAGGCGAGGGACGUUUGUAUAGGCGAAGUACCAGGCGGCUGCCGUUCUUGUAGAGUCUCUGAUACUGAGAACUACAAGGCCAACACCGUGUUUGAUAUGAGGAAAGGCUGCAUCCACUACAAGUGUAGCUGUAAGUGCGACGGAAGCUGGUCUUGCCCCGGUGAAGACGCCAGAGAUGUAUGCAAAGGGGAAGUACCAGGGGGAUGCCGGUCCUGUCAGGUGUCCGAUAACGAGUUUCAUCCCGGAGAGUCUGACUUUGACAUGGUCAAGGACUGCAUCCACUACAAGUGUCGGUGUAAUUGUGACGGGAGCUACAGCUGCCCCGGUCGAACCGCCCGACGAGUGUGUGGAGCGGGCGUCGAGACGACUCAGGUUGUCCCACGUCCUCAACCAGGGAGGAGAGCCCGGUGCCAGCCGUGCAGGGUGUCGGCCACUGAGCAGUACACGGACACCAGCUUCUCUAUAGAGCGAGGCUGCAACAGAUACCAGUGUAUGUGUAAAUGUGACGGUAGCUGGACGUGCCCGGCAGAUCGCACCACCAACAUCUGCUCCUCUCCUCGAGACACACGUCAAAAGUGUAAAGCUUGCAAGAUCGGUACCAGCAUCUACCCAGGAGAUUCUACAUUUUUGUUCAAGAGAAGGUGCUAUCAGUUCAACUGUAAAUGUGGAUGUGACGGUCGUUGGUCAUGUGAUCACAGAAACCCCACAAAUCUGUGUCAGCUGAAGGAGGAGAGAGACCGUCGUUUGGAAAAAACUGUCAGUUCGACCGUGACGGAGACUGGAAAUAGACAAGAUUACUCCGCCUAUCUAACCAACACGCAAGCCUCACAGAGAGGAUCUACACAGAGAGGGUCCACGUCUGCUGCUACAGACAUCCGUUCCCAGAGCCAGGCCAGAGACAGAACACACUCCAUUAACCACAGGCAGAAUGUUAACCCAAACCCUUAUAACUGCAGGGAAUGUUAUGCAGAUGGGAACACAUACAAACCCAAUGAAAAAUUUUCCUUAGACAGAGGCUGCUUGCAGUACCGAGGAUGUGUGUGCCACUGUAACGGCAGGUGGGAGUGUGCAGAGGAGAAGAACAUUUGCAGUGGUACUAGCAACACUAGAACCCAAGUCACAGAAGACUCACGGCGGCGAGAAAGCUACAAUGGCCAAAGGAGACAUCAAACUGGAGUAACUACACAACGAGGAUCGUCUUCUUCAUCCACUAAUGUGAACUCCUCAACUUGGGUUUUGGUCGACGGCGUAAACCGCACUCAAGUGCAUACCGGAGAUGGUCGCACGGGUGGAGGUUACGCCGUCCAGAUCGACACAAAAUACCUGCCCACAUACACAGCACUCGGCCGAAAACGAACCAAAGCCCAGCAAUUGGCGGCACUGGGAGCAAAAACAAGUCCGGGUUAUGGAACAUCAAGCUCAACAGUAUUCUCUACGUCUGGAAUAUCUUCCUCUUCCUCCUCUUCAUCGUCUUCUGGUUCUUCUUCUUCCUCGGGUUCUUCAUUUGCUGGAGAGUCACCGUCUAGCUCAGCGAGUGGCAGCGGAGGGGGCAUCAAGGAGUGUCAGAGAUGCCAAUCGGACUCGAAGUUCUACCCGGCUGGGGCCAACUUUGACAUGCGCCGCGGCUGUGUCAUCUACAAAUGCAAGUGCUUGUGCAGUGGCUCCUACCGCUGCCGCCUGGUGUCUGACAAUGCCUGCUCUACAAACAACCGAGACAACACGUGCAGCAACUGUCUCUAUGACGGCAUGGUCUUCCCCGGUAACAUGGGAUUCACAGUGAGAGAAGGAUGUAAUGAGAAACAAUGCGACUGUAAGUGCGACGGAACUCACGACUGCCACACUACCAAGCCCGUGCCUGGCUGUACGCAGGGCGCCCCACAAGGUCCACAGACUUUUGGUUCUUUUUACCCGGUGUCUGCCGGUGUGGUGCCAGCUACCAGCCGAGGUUAUCUCACCAGUUCUGGGAGGGCUGUCUACAUGUCCACCUGUACAGACUGUAACGGCCAGGCCAGUGGGCCUGUUGUCUAUCACACUCCAGUACACCCGGCUAGUGGUUCCAGGGGUAGUGGGCACGGUGUGGCUACAGGAGGUGGAGGUUUCACUACGGGUGUUGGAUCUUCUCGAGGUAUCUCCUUCGGUCUAGUGGAGAACUCUGGCGAGAGUUGUGGAGGGUGUAUGAUCGAGAAUCAGCUGAGGCCAGGAAAUCAGACCUUCAGUUUUGAGAAAGACUGUAUCGAGUUUGACUGUUACUGCUCUUGUGGCGGCUCCUGGAAAUGUGCCGGACGCCUCUCCUUGUCCUGCACCCCGGGGUUUGAACCCGAUACCGUUCCCCACACAUCUGGAUGCCGCAAGUGCAUGGUUCAAGGCACUGAGUACCCUGGAGAGUCCCGCUUCUCUCUCCAACAAGGAUGUUUCGAAUACCAAUGUUCCUGUAACUGUGAUGGCGGCUGGGCGUGUCCGGCUCAGCAGCCCAAGAAUCUGUGUCCGCCAAAAGUGAACAGAGCGUCUCGCGGAAACGCCAUCGACCCCCUGACCGUGCGGGAGAACAAGUACGUGGCGAAACAGUCUCUUGUGCGAGACUCUCAGAUCAACUUUGUAGGCAAAAUGGGCCAGUCGGCGACACACGUGACUUCCCGCACCUCCCACAGACAACGACCCCUAGUGCCCGAGACUUGCUACGACUGUGAGGUGUCCGGAGUGACGUAUCCUUCCAAGUCCAAGUUCAUGCUGAGAGAAGGCUGCACGCAGAGAAUCUGCGACUGCCAUUGUAACGGGCAAUGGACGUGUCCCCCGGAGAACAACGUGAACGUCUGCGGAGAUGACGAUUCGCCUGGUCGCCCUGCCGCAAGACGCUGCAAGGACUGUAGAAUCGGAGACGACGUUUUUAUCGGGGGUCGGGACUUUCAGCUCAAUCGGAACUGCAACCAACUCAACUGCCACUGCUUCUGCAAUGGAACUCACUCGUGUCCACCUGACCGCACCAGGAACAUCUGUGGAUCUAGCUCCAUCCUGUCCGGCAAAGUGUCCGUGACAAACUCCGGUGAGUCACGUGGUGGGGCAGGAAUCCACGCAGUGAACUCUGCCUGCAAGUCGUGUCAGAUGGAUGGGGAGACAAUCCAGCCUCUCGCGACCUUCGUGCGACAACUUGGCUGCUUUGAGUCGCUGUGCCAUUGUCAGAGGCUGCAAGGUAGGAGACCGCACUCACUUCACACGUGUUUUCGCUCGCGUGGAGGACUGUAUAGAGCGCACGUGCAUCUGUCACGAUGAUGGUGAAUGGAGCUGCAAGCGGACCGCCGUAGACCGGAAGGUGUGCUGAACACCCGACGACCACACCCACACAUGGUGCCAUUCUGAUCCGUUGUUCAUUACGUCAUCGUGACGUCAUCGCUUCAUCCACGAAGUGUGUGCACAAGUUUUGUUCUGAAGAGAACGUCAAGAGAAAUACUUCAAAAUAGAUCAUGAUAUUGCAGCUCAAAGUGUUAUUGUAUAAUUUAUAUGAAACUUUUGUAAAUAUUUUCUUCUUUUUUCCCUCACGUUCCAAGUAUGAAUGUGUCGUAAUAGCAGUUAACUGCUAAUGUCUUUGUAUUCAUCACAAAAUGUUAACAUUUGCACUUUUUUCCUAGUUAUAAAAUGCACGAUCUGUCACAAUAAAAUAUAAAAAAUGCUGUAUUGACAUAUUUGUUGUAUCCCGAAUACAUCCGGUUAUCAUCUCGAAUAUGGUUUCCAGAUUUUCCACCCUUUGUAGACAUAUCAGAGAUCCGUCUGUUUCCUUUCUAUCCUCCCUUCUUCAUUUGCUUUCCCCAUAUCUUCCUGAUCAGUAUUUCCUGGAAAACAAUUAAGUUUUCCAAUUUUCAACAUUAUGUAAGAAACAUUUUGAAUCAUGUUGAGCGCUAUUAGAUCUAGCUAUUGUUUAUACAUUGCCAUCCUUCGGAAAAUCAUCAUUUUGUACCUAUGAAAUAUUUCAAGCUGUUUUUAAUCUUCAAUUUGCAGUUAUUUCUUUUGUGGACAUCAUGUGCGUCAGGAUUUCUUCUAUUUCUCCUAAUGUAACUUAUCAUCUUUUUAUGGAUAACGUAGUUACUGCAAAAUUUCUUUGAAUUGUUCCAUUCCAUGACUCUUUUAUGUGUCAAAAUAAAAACGACUGAGACAAUUAAAAAUAAAAAACAACUAACUAAAAUACAACAAGGGGUGCCACAAAAAGCAAAAUGAACGACAUAUUCUAUAGAAGUACAUGUACCUUGUUAUAAUGAGUGUAUCCACAUUCGCAAGUUCUGCAAAUAAAGGUAUUUUUAUUUACUUCUUCCUUAACGUCUUUGGGAAUUUCGAAGCUUGUCUGCUUUCUGAAUUCUACUUUUAACUGUAGGCUUAUAUAGCUAUAUGUGCGACUGUAUUUUCAUUUUGAAUUUGUUUUUUCUUUAAUGCAUUAAAAAAAUUGUUUAAAAAUAAAGUUUUUGUUCCUUCAUCUUUCUUUCUUUUUUUUUUUUUUUUACAUUUCAUGGUUCCUAUCGUUAGCUCCACGCUAUGGCCACAAACGCUGUUUGUUUUCUGCUUGGGUAUACAUAGCCGCCCAUGUUUGAGAUCCUACAGAAACACAGUAAAGCUUUUUGCCUUGCACACAAAA